GCUGAUUUAUUUACUUGUGUAGAGUAUUGUGUCAAAGAACGCGCUGCAGUAUCGGGGGAAUUCCCAGCAUGAUGCCCAGGAGUUUCUGCUGUGGCUUUUGGACCGAGUUCAUGAAGACCUCAAUCAUGCUGUAAAGCAGAGUGGCCAGCCUCCUCUGAAGCCUCCAUCAGAGACUGAUGGCAUGCCUGAGGGACCAUCUUUUCCUGUGUGUAGCACUUUUGUACAAGAACUUUUUCAAGCCCAGUACAGAUCUUCUUUGACAUGUCCUCAUUGUCAGAAACAGAGCAACACUUUUGAUCCUUUCCUCUGCAUUUCUUUGCCAAUUCCUCUACCCCAUACAAGGCCUCUCUAUGUCACUGUAGUGUAUCAAGGGAAAUGUUCUCACUGCAUGAGGAUUGGUGUGGCUGUGCCUCUGUCUGGGACUGUUGCCAGACUUCGGGAAGCAGUGUCUGUGGAAACAAAGAUCCCCACUGAUCAGAUUGUGUUGACAGAAAUGUACUAUGAUGGGUUCCACCGUUCCUUUUGUGAUACAGACGACCUGGAGACAGUCCAUGAGAGUGACUGCAUUUUUGCCUUUGAGACUCCAGAAAUAUUUCGGCCUGAAGGAAUUCUCAGUCAAAGAGGAAUUCACUUAAACAACAAUCUCAAUCACUUGAAGUUUGGCUUGGAUCAUCAUAGACUGUCUUCCUCCACACAAACAGCAGCAAAGCAAGGGGAAAUGGACCCGCCCACCACCAGAGCAGGCAGUGACAAGAUUGUCGUGCUGGUGUGUAACCGAGCCUGCACCGGGCAGCAGGGGAGGAGAUUUGGACUGCCUUUUGUGCUGCACUUAGAGAAGACGAUAGCAUGGGACCUUCUGCAGAAGGAAAUCCUGGAGAAGAUGAAGUAUUUCCUGAGGCCUACUGUUUGCAUUCAGGUGUGUCCGUUCAGUUUGCGAGUGGUCAGUGUUGUGGGAAUUACAUACUUGCUGCCCCAGGAGGAGCAGCCCCUGUGCCACCCAACAGUAGAAAGGGCAUUAAAAUCUUGUGGACCAGGUGGCACUGCUCAUGUGAAGUUAGUGGUAGAAUGGGACAAGGAGACAAAAGAUUUCUUAUUUGUAAACACUGAAGAUGAGUAUAUCCCAGAUGCAGAAAGUGUCCGCCUGCAGAGGGAGCGGCAUCAUCAACCUCAGACCUGCACUUUAUCCCAGUGUUUCCAACUCUACACCAAAGAGGAACGACUGGCCCCAGAUGAUGCCUGGCGUUGCCCACACUGCAAGCAACUGCAGCAGGGGAGCAUCACGCUGAGCCUGUGGACUCUGCCUGACGUGCUCAUCAUACACCUCAAGAGGUUUCGACAGGAAGGAGACAGGCGUGUGAAACUUCAGAACAUGGUCAAGUUCCCCUUGACUGGCCUGGACAUGACUCCUCAUGUGGUCAAGAGAAGCCAGAGCAGCUGGAGUUUGCCAUCCCAUUGGUCCCCGUGGAGGCGGCCCUAUGGACUCGGGAGGGACCCUGAGGACUACAUCUAUGACCUGUAUGCUGUGUGCAAUCACCAUGGCACCAUGCAAGGGGGGCACUACACAGCAUACUGUAAGAACUCUGUGGAUGGCCUCUGGUAUUGCUUCGAUGACAGUGAUGUGCAGCAGCUGUCGGAGGACGAGGUGUGCACGCAGACAGCCUAUAUCCUCUUCUACCAAAGGCGGACAGCCAUCCCGUCGUGGUCAGCUAACAGCUCAGUAGCCGGCUCCACGAGUUCCUCCCUGUGCGAGCACUGGGUGAGCCGGCUUCCAGGGAGCAAGCAAGCCAGUGUGACUUCAGCGGCCUCCUCCAGACGCACCUCCCUGGCCUCGCUCUCUGAGUCCGUGGAGAUGACCGGGGAAAGGAGUGAAGAUGAUGGUGGCUUUUCAACUCGGCCAUUUGUGAGGAGUGUCCAGCGCCAGAGCUUGUCCUCCAGAUCGUCUGUGACCAGCCCCUUGGCUGUUAAUGAAAAUUGCAUGAGACCUUCUUGGUCCCUGUCUGCGAAGCUGCAGAUGCGCUCCAAUUCUCCUUCCCGCUUCUCAGGGGACUCUCCAAUUCACAGCUCUGCCUCCACCUUAGAGAAGAUCGGGGAGGCAGUAGAUGACAAGGUCUCCAUCUCUUGCUUUGGCAGCUUGAGGAACCUUUCCAGCAGUUAUCAGGAAGUAAAUGAUAGUCACAGUCGACGAGAACACAAGGCUGUGGGCCGAGCCCCCCUGGCUGUCAUGGAGGGCGUGUUCAGAGACGAGUCAGAUACCCGCAAAUUGAACUCCAGUGUUGUAGAUACACAGAGCAAAAACUUAGCACAAGGGGAUCGCUUACCUCCUGUCUCCGAUGCAUUUGAUAACAAUAAUCAGAUUGCUUAUGUGGAUCAGAGUGAUUCCGUGGACAGCUCUCCAGUCAAAGAAGUGAAACCCCCAGGCCACCCAGGCUCGCUCACAAAGAAACCAGAGAGCACAACCAAGAGGUCCCCCAGUUCCAAAGGCACUUCUGAGCCAGAUAAAAGCUUGCGGAAGGGGAGAGCAGCCUUGGCAAGCCAAGAAUCAUCUCUUUCAAGUACAUCUCCUUCUUCUCCUGUUCCUGUCAAAGUUUCUCUAAAGCCUUCUCGCUCUCGAAGCAAAGCGGAUUCUUCCAGGGCCAGUGGAAGGCAUUCAUCCCCUGCUCCUGCCCAGCCCAAAAAGGAGUCGGUCCCCAAGUCCCAUGAUUCCGCAUCGUCUCCCUCGCCUCAGAAGCAGAAGUCGGCUUCUGCCCUCGCUUACACUGCUUCCUCUACAUCUGCCAAAAAAGCCUCAGGCUCUGCCACCAGGGGCCCCUUCCCUCCUGGGAAGAACAGGACUUCAGACCGGACCUUGAGUAGGGAGGGCUCCAGACAAAGCCUGGGAUCCGACAGAGCCAGUGUCACCUCCAUUUCCAAACCCAGCUCCCCUCGGGUGAGCCAGGCCAGAGCCGGGGAGGGCAGAGGUGACGGCAAGCACGUGCGCAGCUCCUCCAUGGCCAGCCUGCGCUCCCCCAGCACGAGCGUGCGCUCAGGUCUGAAGAGGGACAGCAAGUCUGAGGAUAAGGGGCUGUCCUUCUUCAAGUCAGCCUUGAGACAGAAGGAAACUAGGCGGUCGACGGACCUUGGCAAGACAACCUUGCUGUCUAAAAAGACAGGGGGCAGCUCUGUCAAGUCAGACAGUAAGAGUGCCAGGGAUGACAAGGCCGAGAAAGGCCCCCAGCCUCCGGGCCCCCAGCAGCCAAAUGCCCAUGCAGUUGGAAAGGAGCAGCUUGUCUCUAAGGACCCUGCCUCCGCUAAACAUUCCCUGCUCUCUGCUCACAAGUCCAAGUCUUCCCAGCUGGAUUCCGGACUUCCCUCAUCUCCCAGCGGCAAGCAGCCUGCUGAGAAAGCCUCCAAAAAGUUACCUUCUAGCAUGCAGACCUCUGCACGGCCUUCUCAGAAACCUCAGUGACAUUCCGCAGCCUAAAUGUUCUGUCUGUAAAGAUGUUUAUUUAUUUAGCACCCCUCCUCUCCCACCAAAGCCCUCUAUGCUUUUGUUUUGUUAUUUUGUUGGGGUCAUGUGCCUGAUUGUGUGUGCGUGCGUGUGCGUGAGUGUGUGUUUGUAUGCAAGGAGAAGUCAGUUGUAAAUUGUUAAAAGCGUCGCCUUAUUCUGCCAUUGAACCAAAUAACAGCCAUAGGCAAAGCAUUGAUACCAGGCUAACUGGAGUAAUUAUAGCCAAUACCCAGACAGUCCCUUUAGCAAUUGUAUAUAUUUCUUUCUAGAGAACUCUAAUGACUUUCAUUGGACACUAGGGUCUUGAAACCUGUGAACCAGUUAAGCUAUCAUUAGUGUGUGAAAGGGUGAAUUAUUUGACUUGGGUUUCAUCUGAGCAGGAUUUGUCCACACUGCGGAUUGUCGAGUGGCACCAGGAGCUCUAAAAACUGUGACAAUAACAUAUGAAACAAACCGAGAUAAAACUGUUGCUUUCUGCACUUGUGCCCCAUUUACCAGUCUUUGUAAAGGGCAAUAUUUUAACACUAAUGUUUCUCAGGUAUCUAUACUCAGCUAGUCCAGGAUGGAUGUGCAUCAGUAAAUGGAUUAAAGAGGAAGGUGACAUGUGGGUGACUGUGUCAUUUCUCCUACUGCCACAGAGACAUUACAGAGGUAGAAGCAAAGUCUUAGACUACCUUUAUCUCUGCAGAGGUGUGCAGCACCCUCACCUGUCUUAACUCUUGAGAUGUGUUCCAAGAAGUAGCAAAUUGGAUAGCCAGGAUCCAGUCACUAAUUAAAUUUUUUUCCUUCUACGUUUGCUAGCUAAGUCCAUUUGGAUUUUGAACUGUAGCAGAGCAGUUAACACCUUUGAAAGAUUCCUGGAAAAAAAUGCAUUCUAAACUGGAGGCAUGCAUCCUACCAUUCUCCUCUGGUAUUGCUUUUUCUGUUAGAAGCUGAAGGCUCCAUGGUGCCCCCAUCUGCAUGCUUGUGUCCCCUCAUCUCAUAGCUUGAAAAGGAAAGAAGUCGCUUCCUGCCAACAGUCAGUGAUGGUGUGUGGAAGCAGUGUGUGACACAGUAUUACAGAUGCACUUUGGAUCCCGCUUGUCAGUUUUCGUUCUGACUGCUUUUCAGUAACUCAUUUAUAUCUUCUUUGUGCUGAAGAUGUAAUCGCACGCCCAGACCUCACAAGUGGGGUUUGGAGUGUGUUCCAUCUGGCAGUGUCAGUGCAAACUGCAUUUCUUAUAUAGAAAAAGGAGCACCUCAUAGAAAUAGCACAGAAAAGCAAAUCUAUAGUUUUUCAAGCUCUCUGGAUGUCUCCUGGUAAUCAUUUCCUGCUUCAAUUUUAGCUUUUAUUUUAUUUGCUUUUUAAAUAUAAGGAGAAUCAUAGUCCUGAUUCUCCUUGAAUAGCAUUUGUCACUUUGCCAUAAAAUAUAGAAUGCUAAGUUUAUGUUGUUUAUUAUUAUUAUUAUUAUUGUUGUUAUUAUUUUGGUCAUAGACUAUUCAGGUUCUUCCUGAACUCAUGGUGCACAGAUUCGUUGAUAGCCUUCCUUUUCAGUAUUGCUGUGUAUGAAGUAAUGACAACACAUAUGCAUGCAUAGCUGUGAAUUCUGCCCUCUUUUUUCUUUCUUUUAUUUUUUUCCAUGAAUACCUCUUGGGAACUGUUUCCAGUAGGUUACUUAACUUUAUUUUGCUGCUAAUUUGAGCAUUAGCUGGUAACCUGCAAGGAGCCAUUAUGUUGAGGGUAGCUGGAAUUUUCGACCCUUGCAGUGGUGAAGACUUGCUUAUUCCACUCGUGAAGGUUACCGUAGUGCUCCAUGUAACUCAUUCAGCAUGAGCCGUCACCCUGGCACCGAGCCCUGUACUAGACACUUCACUAGGUGUUGUCCUUGUGCUGUGUGGAUUCAGUGGUUUCCCAAGCAGCGUUGUCCUGUGCUGUGGCCUGACUGCGGGGCUGGCUGCCUUUGAUACCACCUCACCAACAGCCCCGCCCGUGUCAGCCACUGCUCUGGUUUUCCUGUAUUGCUUUUAUUUCCUGAAAAAGAUGCACAAAUGUGGGUUCAUCAAUAUCAGGAAUUGAAUGUUUGUCUAAUUUGAACCUGUUGUCUUUGUUAGGUAGAUUUCAUUUGAAAUCUAUCAGAAGCUCUAAAGCAGUCUUAGAAUUAUAUUUUGAUUAGGCAGAGGGUUUUAAUAACACUUUUUUUCCAUAGUCAGUUAAGCAUUAAUAGAAACUAGUUUGAUUCUUACAAGGGUAAAUAUUUUUAUUCGUGAGUCCUAUAGGAAUGGAUUUUCCAUUAUGUGUAAUGCCUUUGAAAAAAAAAAAAACCUCUACAAAUCUCUUUAAUUUUCCAUGGGAUCUAGAAAUAAAAUUUCUAUAAUAUAAUAAAAUCUAUAAACUAUAUGUCUAUGGAAUUUAGUCCUUGCUUCAGGUUUAAUUAAAUAGAAAAAAUGCCAAGAAGUAUUAUGGCAUUGGCCAGGCAUCGUUAAGCUUUCUAUUUCCAGGGUUGGUAAACAAUGAAAAUUUCAUUAUUCCUAACGACUAGUUACAACUUUAAGCCACAGAAAAGGAAAUUUUUCCCCAAAGUUUGAAGGUGCUCUUUCAGGUGGGAGUAUUGUUACUUGGUUCAAUUUAGUUCUUUGUUAGGGUCAAGGACUUAGUCUGUCUGUCUUUCUUUUCUUUUCUUUUCUUUUCUUUUCUUUUCUUUUCUUUUCCCUUCCUCCCUUCCUCCCUUCCUCCCUUCCUCCCUUCCUCCCUUCCUUCCUUCCUCCCUCCCUCCCUCCCUCCCUCCCUCCCUUCCUUCCUUCCUUCCUUCCUUUUCUCAGUGAUAUUUGGCGCAAUGAUCAUUAUGUGCUUUGGGGUUAAAAUCAUCUGCUAAGGGUGGUGGGUCUGGGUUUCUGGUUGACACCUCGAUGGGCCUGAUGACAGAAGUCCUUUCCUUGUAGGCACCACGUAGUCACCAACAGUAGGGUUGCAUUGGGAAUGUUUGCUUGUUUACAAAAAUUAUUCUUGAUUUCUCUUUCUGUAAACAUCCAGUGCACUGGCCUGUCUCAAUCCUUAAGACAGCCCUGUGCCUCACCUUUGUUAACCCCCUAGAGAAUAUGGAAGCACAAGGAAACUGAGGAGCCUUUUUUGGUAGGCCCUCUCCUGCCUUUUGUAUUUUCUCAUCCUAAAAGCAGCCAAACUGAAAGUAUGUCCUAGCACGCUGGCCUGGUAGCAGUGGAAUUGGUUGUUUGUGGUGUGUGCUGAAAUGCUGUAAUUGUCUGUGAGGCUGCCCGAGCUCUUUUGAAAUCCUUCUUUCCAGCCUUCAUUCAUUCUGCAAAUGUUCACUGAGGGCCUGUUUUGUGUUUAAAGACCUGCUGAAGCUUCAGGAAUUUGCUGUAGCCAAAGAGCCCUGCCAGCAUAGCUCAUGAGGCUGGGAAGGCUGGCGGUGGGCUGGACGGAAUGGCAGUCCUCUCGACAAAAAGAUAUGUUGGAUUCUGGCUCUGGCUAAGGCUCAUGGUCCUCUUGAGCAUGUUUGUUUUGUCUGGAAACCAAAAGUACCCUUCAUCUCUGCAGACAUCCUGCUCUUCAAUUUGCUGGUUCAGGCUGAGCUGCCUCUGCUGUUGGAGGACUUGAAAAUCCAAGUCACUUUGCAUUAGAAUUUGGUCAUCCAUUUGUCUUGAGGUGGAUAUUGGGAUUUUUCUCUGGGUUUGGGGAAUUGUCAUCCCUCUAAAUGAACUAUCAUGAAAACGUCAGGAACAGUAGUGGCCGCUUAGGGCAAUCGGAGCAGAGAACAGUGAACAAAGCUUAUUUAUUUCAGAGAAACACGUUUUUAGAAGUAGAUGGACAUCUGAUGUUACAUUUCAUUCUGACAAAUUCCUGAGCAGCUAAAGUUAUUGUUUCCUAGGUAAGUUGUUUUGGAUACGAAGAUAGUGUUUCUGGGUUGAAUUUUUGAAAUAGUAUGCAAAUAAUAAGCACAGUUUAAAAUGUAUUCUGAAGGCACAUUGAAGCUUAUAUUAUUUGGAAUUGAGAAGGGUGAAAUUUGUUGACAAACCAGUGCCUGUCGUAAACACAAAACACAGACAGACAUGGCUGUGAGUGUGCACGCUGUCUUUGUCUUUAAUUUCAUGAAGGCAACAUUAUUGUUAAACCUGACUGCCUUUUUUUUUUUUUUUUGGGCAGGGGAGUCCAAUGCCUUUAUUUAACAGAACGCCCAGUGUCGCCCAGUGUCUCAUGCUGUCUUUGGAUCAACUCCCCAAGUGUUUGUUUUUGCAGCCACAUUUUGGGCAUGACCACUCAUGAUUCCCUCAGUAAUGGAAAAGGUCUUGCAUGCCCUCCAACUAAUCCAAAAAGCAUGCUCUUACUACCUAUGCAAGCAACCAAUAAAGAAAAGACUAUACUAAAUGUUAAGCAUUAAAAAAAAAAAAAAAAAGCAACUCUUAGAUUAUGGAGCUCUAUUUUUGAAUUUGUAAUUUUUCAAAUGUGGCUUAAUCCUCAGUGUAGAUGAGCAUGAAUGUGAUCUCUUGGUUUGCUUCGCAUCUAUUUCUCUUUGCCAAUUUUUUUAUUAUUGGUGUGGUUGUAUGUAAAAUAAUAAGUAUUUUGGAAGCAGGAGUGGAAUUGGAGAUACUGAACAUACACUGGUGUAUAUACUGUAUUUAGCCUGAAGACUUUCCUAAAGUAUUUUGUUCUAAAAAUAACCUGCCAUUUUCUAUAGAUUUUAAUUUUUUAUAUCUUCUAGGGUUCUAUCGUGGUCACAAGGAAAGAAUGUGGCUUCAAACAGUGCUAACAAUUUUAAAAUGCUUUUGUAGAGACUUAGAGCUGUUUUGGAAAGCUGUGGAGCUUCCCACCCAUUGGUCCCAGUGAGAACAAGGCUGUGGAAUUUAUGAUAGUGUUGUGCAGUGGAUUCUGAUCUAGAUCCAUCUCAUAUUCACUUAAAAGCAGUGUUUCCCAGUGUGGAGGAGAAAGGGGUUUAUGGCAGAGUUGAGAGCCACUUCUGAAUGACUCAUCUGAGAUUGUGAUACCCAGUGUUUACUAGAAUCAUCUAAAGAACUUUUAAACCUGGGACUCCUCCCGAGCUUUUGAUCUAGGUAGUGUAGGGGCCUGUCCCAGGAACCACCAUUACAGCUCGUAGGUGUUUCUGAUUUGUAGUUGGAAUUGAGAACCACUGCGAUACACCCUUCGUUUGCCGAGAAUUAUGGUGAUAAUCACUGCCAUAUGAAGUCUCAAGAGUGAUACCAGUUGCUCAGUUGUGUUAGGGAGGAAAAUAUCAACCUCCUGUUUGGAAUAUGAGGCCUUUCUGAUUCCAGGCCUGAUUCGGGGGGUGGAUGGCUUGGCAUUUCCCAGCCUGGUGGGAAUUGGUGGUCUUGGGGUCUGCAUCUUUCUCCAAAGUCUCCCCACCAGAUUUCAUGGUGGAUCAGAAACCAACCCACUGAGGAGAAGGGAAGUUCCUCCAAGUGAGAAUAUUUGGGAGAAUUAAAAAAAACACACACAAAAACAACCUUUCUAGCCUUGGAAGACCUGUCCCUGCUUUUGAUAGAAUGGUUGCCUUUUUGUAGUAAUUGAAAUAGCAAACCCCAGGCUGCUGUACUCAGCUCAUUCUCUACUGUAGCUCUUACUUACCCAGAACGUAGUUUCAGGAAUUCUUUUUAGUUUGAAAUGAAUGUGAAACAUUUUACUUGGAAUUUUUUUUUUUUUUUUUGUAACCCUCAUUGCAGUUUUUUCGUGUAACUCAAGAAAUACUCAUCCAAAAACUUGGCAGUAUGUUACCUAUGGAGGCAUAUGACAUUUAGUUUUAAUCUGUGGUGAGCUGAAUGCACUACAACAUCUUCAAAAUAAUCUGCUGGGCUCGGGUGGUUUCAUCCUGUCAAGCAUUAUGCUGCCUACAAAACGAAAAGAAAUGUAAUUUACCUGGUAUUUUCAACAUUUCAAGGAGUAAAGAUAACAAGGAAAUGUUUCUUUAGAAAGGCCUCCCAGAGGAGUGAGCUCUGUGGCAAUUGGUAAGACGCAAUAUGAAAUUUCCUAGGUGCUAUUCUACACGGUGAGGUUUCAUUAAACCAAGGGGAAAGGCAAUUACGGUAUUACCCAAGUUGAAGUUCUCUUUGAAGGCCUUUCAGGUAUGCAUUUGUGUUCAGGUAUGGAUUUGCCCACCAACUGUGCCUCUCACCACUGGUUAAAACUGAAUUCAAGUCUCAUUACCAGAGUAGUUUCUUGGUUGAACUUUUCCGUAUUUACGCUGUAAAAUCUGCAUGUAUAUCACUGUACACAAAAUGCUUCGGUAUUGUUCACGCACCGUCCAUAGUUCUGUGUAAUUUUCUUUAGUUAUACAGAAAAAUGUAAGGCAGGAUGUCUUUCCUAGAGGCUGGAAGAAAAGUGUAUCAUACAUUUUAAAUUAUUUUAGGCCAGUGCAUGAGAUGUGUCACUGACUUCUGUUAUUUAUUUGUAUGUUUUAUUAUUCAAGGUGUAUGCACUUUUAAGAAGCAAAAUUUAUAUUUUUAUGUUUAAAACGUUUUAUUUCUGAAACAGCAGUUGAUUAUAUAGUAUACAGUUGGAAUUAAGAGAAAAGUGGAAAAUGUAACAAAAUAUAAUAAAUUUAUUACGUGAUGCCCUC